AGACGCUCACUCUUUUCUCAGCAAACAAGAAAAAAAAUGCUCCGCUCUUCGCCGCAACUUUUCUCUCUUGGCCUUCGCCGCGCAUGUGCGUCUGCAACUGUGACGACGCGCGUCGCUGCCUCUGCGUUGCCAGCGUUCCUCUCCACCAGCGCCGUCGGCCAUUCCGCAGCUGCCUCGUCGACUUCGCCUGCUGCUGCUGCUGCGACUGGGACUGCGACUGGCGGUCUGAAGGUGGACAAGGAGCUGCUGCAGCGACUGCGCAAGGAGAGCACGCUGCCGUUCAACCUGUGCCACGAAGCGCUGCUCAAGAACAACAACGACUACACCUUGGCCUCGACGUGGCUUGAGAAACGCGCCACUGAAAUCGGGCGCGCCAAGAUGGAAAAGCUCAAGGAUCGCGUCGCGGCGCAGGGCAUUGUCGCCGUCUGCGCGCACGAGGCCACUGCGGCCGUCAUUGAGCUCAACUGCGAGACCGAUUUCGUCGCCCGCAACCCUCUGUUUGUCAACACGGCCAAGGAGAUUGCGGCAAACGCGCUCCAGGUCCACGCAGGUCAGAUUCGCGCGGGGGCGUACGAUCCGUCAAGCACUGCAAUGUCCAAGGCCGUCGCCGAUGCUGCCGACAAGGCCCGAUCGGAUGCCCAGGCAAGCAGGGCAGUGGGUGUUGCGACUGGCACUGCUGCGGUGGUCAGCCCACUGCCGCAGAUUAAGAGCAGCGCAACGUCCGUGCAUAAGGGCGAGGCCUCGACAGACGGCAGCGCCACGGGCAUUCCCCUCAACCAACUGCUGCCAUCGCUCAUCUCGGAGCACGGACAGACCGUGUUUGAUCGAUUGGUGCACGUCGUCGGACGCAUGGGUGAGAAGGUUGACUUGCGAAGCGCCUCCGUCCUCGAUGUCAGCCAUGUGACCGUCUCGUCCGGCAUUCCUGGGGAAGACAAGCCGCUGACCGGCCGCGGUGUUGUCGGCGUGUAUACUCACGGUGGCGAAGACAGCCUGUGCGGCGCUAAGGCCAGCGCAGUUGCUCUCGUCUCCUACCCUCCAAUCACCAGCGCCACUCCCGCCGACACCGUCAAGGAAUUGUCCAAGAUCGCACACGGCCUCGCUGUCCAUGUGCUGGCCCAUGCCCCGACAGCCGUGGAGAAGGUUUCUGCAGAGCGGGCAACGCUCAAGGACGACGUCACCCAAGUCGCCGCAGACGCCAUUCUCCUUGAACAGCCUUACUUUUACGACACGUCCAAGAAGGUUCAGCAAGUGCUAGAGGAAGCCGGCAAGCGCUUCGAAAUGCGCCUUAUUGUGCGCUCGUUUACUCGCAUGGUUGCCGGCGAAGGCAUUGAGGUGCCCCGUGCCAGCGGUCUUUCUUAAACUUCAGAUUGUGAUUGCACCGAAGCAAGGCAGACAUUGUGGUCAUGUUUUUUUUUGUUUUUUGAGCCUAUUUCAGUCUCGUUGUACUCUCGAAAUACCAUUGAAACUCCAAA